AUGCUGCCUUCAAGCCCACCUUCCAAACGCUCAUCCAUAGAUAUUCAAAAUUUAUACAAUGCCAUCGACUCCGCCACACCUGACCGCCUGCGUACUUUGUUGAAGAACCUGAUUACUACGUCUCCUGCGAAUUUCGAAUCUAUUCAAGGCGAAUUAAUGCUCCAGCAUGGUGCGCUAAAAAGGGCCUGGUCAGAGAAUGAUAAUGAUGAAGAUGAUGAAGAUGACGACGACGAUAGUUCAGAGGAUUCAGGACACGAUAACGAGUCAGAUAACUCUGACGGACAAACUGAUGCGCCAGCAAACAGGCAGCGUUUCGAGAUUUGCGAGCAGUGUAACGAGGAGUACGACGUUCUGCAUAACAAUAAGAAGAGCUGCCAAUGGCAUGAAGGCGAACAAGAAGUAGACUGGGACGGCGACUUCUGGGCCGAUCACGACGAGCGUUGUCAUGGCACGAUCGAUACACCUGAAAUGCGCAAGGAGCACCCCGAGGGUUUUGUGUGGGAUUGCUGCGACGAACCGGGGGAUGCAGCUGGGUGCAAGACGAGUAGACACCGACCAAAUCGUGCGAAGAGGGUGCGGAUAUAG